CUCGGCCGACCCCGGCUGCCCGCGGACGCCUCCCCCAGUCAUGAACCCCCCGGAGGGGGCAGCGGAGGAAGGAGGAGCAGCCGACUCGGACGUAGACGCCUUUUUCCGGACAGGAUCUUUUCGGAAUGAUGGUUUGAAAGCUUCUGAUGUCCUUCCCAUCCUAAAGGAAAAAGUGGCCUUCGUGUCUGGGGGCCGUGAUAAGCGAGGUGGACCCAUUCUGACCUUCCCUGCUCGAAGCAAUCAUGACAGAAUAAGACAGGAAGACCUGCGGAAACUUGUGACCUAUUUGGCCAGUGUGCCAAGUGAGGACGUGUGCAAACGUGGCUUCACCGUCAUCAUCGACAUGCGGGGCUCCAAGUGGGACCUCAUCAAGCCCCUCCUCAAGACCCUGCAGGAAGCCUUUCCAGCUGAGAUCCAUGUGGCCCUCAUCAUCAAACCCGACAACUUCUGGCAAAAACAGAAGACCAACUUUGGCAGCUCCAAAUUCAUCUUUGAGACAAGCAUGGUGUCCGUGGAGGGCCUCACGAAGCUGGUGGACCCCUCCCAGCUGACCGAGGAGUUUGAUGGCUCCCUGGACUACAACCACGAAGAGUGGAUCGAGCUGCGGCUCUCGCUGGAGGAGUUCUUCAACAGCGCGGUGCACCUGCUCUCACGCCUUGAGGACCUACAGGAGAUGCUGGCCCGGAAGGAGUUCCCCGUGGAUGUGGAAGGCUCACGGCGGCUCAUUGACGAGCACACGCAGCUCAAGAAGAAGGUGCUGAAGGCCCCUGUGGAGGAACUGGACCGGGAGGGGCAGCGGCUGCUGCAGUGUAUCCGCUGCAGUGACGGCUUCUCAGGGCGCAACUGCAUCCCAGGCAGCGCUGACUUCCAGAGCCUGGUGCCCAAGAUCACCAGCCUCCUGGACAAGCUGCACUCCACCCGGCAGCACCUGCACCAGAUGUGGCAUGUGCGCAAGCUCAAGUUGGACCAGUGCUUUCAGCUGCGGCUUUUUGAGCAGGAUGCCGAGAAGAUGUUUGACUGGAUAAGCCACAACAAGGAGUUAUUCCUCCAGAGCCAUACAGAGAUCGGUGUGAGCUACCAGCAUGCCCUGGACCUCCAGACACAGCACAAUCACUUUGCCAUGAACUCCAUGAAUGCUUAUGUCAACAUCAACCGCAUCAUGUCCGUGGCUUCCCGCCUCUCUGAGGCCGGCCAUUAUGCCUCUCAGCAAAUCAAGCAGAUUUCCACACAGCUGGACCAGGAGUGGAAGAGCUUCGCGGCUGCUUUGGAUGAACGGAGUACCAUCCUCGCCAUGUCUGCCGUAUUCCACCAGAAGGCUGAGCAGUUCCUGUCAGGAGUGGACGCCUGGUGCAAGAUGUGCAGCGAGGGUGGCCUGCCAUCCGAGAUGCAGGACCUGGAGCUGGCAAUCCAUCAUCACCAGUCCUUGUAUGAGCAGGUGACCCAGGCCUACACGGAGGUCAGCCAAGAUGGCAAAGCACUGCUGGAUGUGCUGCAGCGUCCCCUGAGUCCUGGGAACUCUGAGUCCCUCACGGCCACUGCCAACUACUCCAAGGCGGUGCACCAGGUGCUGGACGUGGUGCAUGAGGUGCUGCACCACCAGCGGCGGCUUGAGAGCAUCUGGCAGCACCGCAAGGUGCGGCUCCACCAGCGGCUGCAGCUCUGUGUCUUCCAGCAGGACGUGCAACAGGUGUUAGAUUGGAUUGAAAACCAUGGUGAGGCCUUUCUCAGCAAACACACUGGAGUUGGGAAGUCCCUGCAUCGAGCCCGGGCCCUGCAGAAGAGGCAUGAUGACUUUGAAGAGGUGGCUCAGAAUACCUACACCAAUGCGGACAAGCUCCUAGAGGCUGCAGAGCAGCUGGCUCAGACGGGGGAAUGUGACCCCGAGGAGAUCUACAAGGCAGCUCGUCACCUGGAGGUGCGCAUCCAGGACUUUGUGCGCAGGGUGGAACAGCGGAAGCUUCUCCUGGACAUGUCUGUCUCCUUCCACACACACACCAAAGAGUUGUGGACAUGGAUGGAAGACCUUCAGAAGGAGAUGCUGGAGGACGUCUGUGCAGACUCAGUGGAUGCGGUCCAGGAACUGAUCAAGCAGUUCCAGCAGCAGCAGACCGCCACUCUGGAUGCCACACUCAAUGUCAUCAAGGAAGGCGAAGACCUUAUCCAGCAGCUCAGGUCAGCGCCUCCCUCCCUGGGGGAGCCCAGCGAGGCCAGGGACUCGGCUGUGUCCAACAACAAGACACCCCACAGCAGCUCCAUCAGCCACAUUGAGUCCGUCCUGCAGCAGCUGGACGAUGCCCAGGUACAGAUGGAGGAGCUGUUUCACGAGCGGAAGAUCAAGCUGGACAUCUUCCUGCAGCUGCGCAUCUUCGAGCAAUACACCAUUGAGGUGACAGCAGAGCUAGACGCGUGGAAUGAAGACUUGCUCCGGCAGAUGAAUGACUUCAACACGGAGGAUCUGACGCUGGCAGAGCAGCGGCUGCAGCGCCACACAGAGCGGAAGCUGGCCAUGAACAACAUGACCUUCGAGGUUAUCCAGCAGGGUCAGGAUCUGCACCAGUACAUCAUGGAGGUCCAGGCCUCAGGAAUUGAGUUAAUCUGUGAGAAAGACCUCGAUCUGGCAGCCCAGGUACAAGAGCUACUGGAGUUUCUCCAUGAGAAGCAGCACGAAUUGGAGCUCAACGCAGAGCAGACCCACAAGCGGUUAGAGCAGUGCCUCCAGCUGCGGCACCUGCAGGCCGAGGUCAAACAGGUGAGCCUGGCCCCACAUCUUCCUCCCUUGGUCUGGGCUGCCCACCCCCUGCUCCUGGGACCGGGUCUUAGUUAUUAUGUUGUUAUUUAUUAUAAUGCACAAAAUUGUCCUCCGUGCUCCACUUCUCCGGAUCAGUGCUCAACCAGAGCCCUCAGGCGUUGUGCUAAUGACCUGUCCUUGGCGCAGUCCCUCUUUCAUGCCACUUCCUUGCAGAAGACGCACCAGAGCGCCCUGCAGGUACAGCAGAAAGCUGAGGCUCUGCUCCAGGCCGGCCACUAUGAUGCCGACGCCAUCCGGGAAUGUGCCGAGAAGGUGGCCCUCCACUGGCAGCAGCUCAUGCUGAAGAUGGAAGACCGGCUCAAACUAGUCAAUGCCUCCGUGGCAUUUUAUAAAACUUCUGAACAGGUCUGCAGUGUCCUGGAAAGUUUAGAGCAAGAAUACCGGAGAGAUGAGGACUGGUGUGGCGGACGAGACAAACCAGGACCCGCAGCAGAGAUGGACCACGUCAUCCCACUCAUCAGUAAACACUUGGAACAAAAGGAGGCCUUUCUCAAGGCUUGUACCCUGGCACGGCGGAAUGCUGAAGUGUUUCUCAAGUACAUCCACAGGAACAACGUCAGCAUGCCUAGUGCCGCCAGCCACACGCGGGGACCUGAGCAGCAAGUGAAAGCCAUCUUGAGCGAGCUCUUACAGAGGGAGAAUCGUGUCCUGCACUUCUGGACCUUGAAGAAGCGGCGGUUAGACCAGUGCCAGCAAUAUGUGGUGUUUGAGCGCAGUGCUAAGCAGGCACUGGACUGGAUCCAAGAAACUGGUGAAUAUUACCUCUCAACACAUACCUCCCCCGGAGAGACCACAGAGGAAACUCAGGAACUGCUGAAAGAGUAUGGAGAGUUCAGGGUGCCUGCCAAGCAAACAAAGGAGAAGGUGAAGCUUCUGAUUCAACUGGCUGAUAGCUUUGUGGAAAAAGGCCACAUUCAUGCCACAGAGAUCAGGAAAUGGGUGACCACAGUGGACAAGCACUACAGAGAUUUCUCCUUGAGGAUGGGAAAGUACCGAUAUUCCCUGGAGAAAGCCCUCGGUGUCAACACAGAGGACAACAAGGACUUGGAGCUGGACAUCAUCCCAGCAAGCCUUUCAGAUCGUGAGGUCAAGCUACGGGACGCCAACCAUGAAGUCAACGAAGAGAAGCGGAAGUCAGCCCGGAAGAAAGAAUUCAUUAUGGCUGAACUACUGCAGACAGAGAAGGCUUAUGUAAGGGACUUACAUGAGUGCUUAGAGACCUACCUGUGGGAAAUGACCAGUGGCGUGGAGGAGAUACCCCCUGGGAUCCUUAAUAAAGAGCAUAUCAUCUUUGGCAACAUCCAGGAAAUCUACGAUUUUCAUAACAACAUUUUCCUCAAAGAGCUGGAGAAGUACGAGCAGCUGCCUGAGGACGUGGGACACUGCUUUGUUACCUGGGCAGACAAAUUUCAGAUGUACGUUACCUACUGUAAAAACAAGCCCGAUUCUAACCAGCUGAUCCUGGAGCAUGCAGGCACCUUCUUUGACGAGAUACAGCAGCGGCAUGGUCUGGCCAACUCCAUCUCUUCCUACCUAAUCAAGCCCGUCCAGAGGAUCACCAAGUACCAGCUGCUCCUGAAGGAACUUUUAACUUGCUGUGAAGAAGGGAAGGGAGAGCUCAAGGAUGGCCUGGAGGUGAUGCUCAGUGUCCCAAAGAAAGCCAAUGAUGCCAUGCAUGUCAGCAUGCUGGAAGGGUUCGACGAGAACCUGGAUGUGCAGGGAGAGCUGAUUCUCCAGGAUGCCUUCCAAGUGUGGGACCCAAAGUCGCUGAUCCGGAAGGGGCGAGAGCGGCACUUGUUCCUCUUUGAGAUCUCCUUGGUUUUUAGCAAGGAGAUCAAAGACUCUUCAGGACACACGAAAUAUGUUUACAAGAACAAGCUACUGACCUCAGAGCUGGGUGUGACCGAGCACGUAGAAGGUGAUCCCUGCAAAUUCGCCUUGUGGUCUGGGCGCACCCCCUCCUCAGACAAUAAAACAGUGCUGAAAGCCUCCAACAUAGAGACCAAGCAGGAGUGGAUCAAGAACAUUCGAGAGGUGAUUCAAGAGAGGAUCAUCCACCUGAAAGGAGCUUUAAAAGAGCCAAUUCAACUCCCCAAAACACCAGCCAAACAGAGGAACAAUAGUAAGAGGGAUGGAGUGGAGGAUGUUGACAGCCAGGGGGAUGGAAGCAGCCAGCCAGACACCAUCUCCAUUGCCUCUAGGACCUCUCAGAAUACAGUGGACAGUGACAAGCUCUCUGGCGGAUGUGAGUUGACCGUGGUCCUCCAGGACUUCAAUGCGGGCCACAGCAGCGAGCUGACCAUCCAGGCGGGACAGACGGUGGAGCUGCUGGAGCGGCCCAGUGAGCGGCCGGGCUGGUGUCUGGUCCGCACCACAGAGCGGAGCCCCCCCCAGGAGGGCCUGGUCCCCAGCAGCGCCCUGUGCAUCUCCCAUUCCCGAAGCAGCGUGGAGAUGGACUGCUUCUUCCCCCUGGUGAAAGAUGCAUACUCCCAUUCCUCAAGCGAAAAUGGAGGCAAGUCUGAGUCAGUGGCCAACCUGCAGUCUCAGCCCUCCCUGAACUCCAUCCACAGCUCGCCCGGUCCCAAGCGUUCCACUAACACCCUGAAGAAGUGGCUGACGAGCCCCGUGCGCCGGCUCAACAGCGGGAAAGCAGAUGGAAACAUCAAGAAGCAGAAGAAAGUGAGAGAUGGCCGGAAGAGCUUCGACCUGGGAUCCCCCAAGCCUGGGGAUGAGACAACCCCGCAGGGAGACAGUGCAGAUGAGUCCUCCUCUUUGCUAGCAGCCCGGCAGGCUUCCACUGAAGUACCUUCUGCUGCAGACCUUGUCAGUGCAAUAGAACAAUUGGUCAAAAGCAAGCUGAGUCUAGAAGGAGGCUCAUACCGGGGAAGCCUGAAAGACCCUGCAGGCUGCCUGAAUGAGGGGAUGACCCCACCCACACCUCCUAGAAACCUGGAAGAAGAACAGAAAGCCAAAGCCCUGAGAGGCAGGAUGUUUGUCUUGAAUGAGCUGGUGCAGACAGAAAAGGACUAUGUCAAAGAUCUGGGGAUAGUGGUGGAGGGCUUCAUGAAGAGAAUAGAAGAAAAGGGUGUCCCUGAGGACAUGCGAGGGAAGGAUAAAAUCGUGUUUGGAAAUAUUCACCAGAUUUACGACUGGCAUAAGGAUUUUUUCCUGGCUGAACUGGAAAAAUGUAUCCAGGAGCAAGACAGGCUGGCACAGCUCUUCAUCAAACACGAGCGGAAGCUGCACAUCUACGUGUGGUACUGCCAGAACAAGCCGCGCUCCGAGUACCUCGUCGCAGAGUACGACGCUUACUUUGAAGAGGUGAAACAGGAGAUAAAUCAAAGGCUGACACUUAGCGACUUCCUUAUCAAGCCAAUUCAGAGAAUCACAAAAUACCAGUUGCUCCUCAAGGACUUCCUGAGAUACAGUGAGAAGGCUGGUUUGGAGUGUUCAGAUAUCGAGAAAGCGGUGGAGUUAAUGUGCCUUGUUCCAAAACGCUGCAAUGACAUGAUGAAUCUGGGACGCCUGCAGGGCUUCGAGGGCACCCUGACUGCCCAGGGGAAGCUGCUGCAGCAGGACACGUUCUAUGUGAUCGAGCUGGAUGCAGGCAUGCAGUCCCGGACCAAGGAGAGGCGCGUGUUCCUCUUUGAGCAAAUCGUCAUCUUCAGUGAGCUGCUAAGGAAGGGAUCUCUCACCCCGGGCUACAUGUUCAAAAGGAGCAUCAAGAUGAAUUACUUGGUCCUGGAGGAGAACGUGGACAAUGACCCCUGUAAGUUUGCGCUCAUGAACAGGGAGACUUCGGAGAGGGUCAUCCUGCAAGCCGCCAACGCGGACAUCCAGCAGGCCUGGGUGCAGGACAUCAAUCAAGUCUUAGAAACACAGCGAGACUUCCUAAAUGCACUACAGUCACCCAUUGAGUAUCAGCGGAAAGAAAGGAGCACAGCCGUGAUGAGGUCCCAGCCAUCUAGGGCUCCCCAAGCCAGCCCCAGGCCCUACUCCUCUGUCCCCGGGGCCUCUGACAAGCCUCCAAAGGGCUCCAGCUAUAACCCGCCUCUGCCACCCCUGAAGAUAUCUACCUCCAAUGGCAGUCCAGGGUUUGACUAUCACCAGCCUGGGGACAAGUUUGAGGCCAGCAAGGGCGACCUGGGGAGCUGCAAUGGGACCUCGUCUAUGGCCGUGAUCAAAGAUUACUAUGCACUGAAGGAGAACGAAAUCUGUGUGAGCCAAGGUGAGGUGGUCCAGGUCCUCGCCGUCAACCAGCAGAACAUGUGCCUGGUGUACCAGCCUGCCAGCGACCGCUCCCCCGCGGCUGAGGGCUGGGUCCCGGGCAGCGUCCUGGCACCCCUCACCAAAGCCACCGCGGCAGCAGAAAGUAGUGACGGAAGCAUCAAGUAAGUGCCUCGUUGGCUUCCCUGGGAGAGGAGUGUGUGGAUUAGAAAAUCAAAACCAAACAAAGAACACAAAAAUGCAAACACAUGCUAGGGAACUGGCGCGGCUUGUUCUCGACAGUGCCACCGGAGCCAAUGUCUGAGGGCUGGACCGCACGCGGCGCGGGGCGUCCAGGCCCGGGUGUCCGGCUUCCUUGUGCUUGCUGACGGUAGUGGCUGUGGGGUUUUUUUCCCCUUUUGGUUUAUAAUUUUCUGUUCGUUUUUCUUCCUUCCCUUCCCCCAUUAAGAAAAGAACCCUCCUGAAACCCUAGAUGACAAAAGGCAUGCCUUCCGUUGCUCCAUUUGACCCACCACAGGAUCCACUGGACUGGACUUUAUUUAUAUUGUAUUAAGUUACUGAUAUAUAUAAAUUUUUUUGAUUGACACCAAAAAAUUACCUUAGCACCAAUGCCAGACCUGUGCAGGUCAGCGGCCCGCUGCUUCUCUUAGGAGAGAGGGAACUUUUUGGUUGUCUAUGGCGAUUCCUCUGUACAGAUUGUACCUUUUUUUUUUUUUAAUUUCUCCCCUCCCCUGUCACUUUAAUAUAUGUUCAUGGUAAUUUGUAAGAUAUUUCUUUUCCUUAUUUUGGUUGCGAAGACCCUUCCGAACACAUUCCUGUAUAAAGUAUUUUGCACUAUUUAAGGAACCCCAUAUGGAUGAAGUCAGGUUGUGCAAUAUAAAUGGAGAGCCACAAUGUUCAUCAUUGUACCUGUAAUGUAACUAAUCAUUUUAAAUGUACUAUUUUAAAUAUGUAAAAUAAAUUUUCACCAUGAGCAUGUUUUAAUGAGGUUAAAGGCUAGUUGACCCUUUUUCCCCUAUUUCACUAUUCUGGGAGUUAUAAAUGUGCAAACAAUU